GGGUCCGCCCGCGCGUCCCGCCUUCUCCGCCCAGGGCCUCUCCUUCCUGCCCUAGCUGUCCUCCGUGGCCAGUCCCCUGUCUCCGGGUAAAGCCCACCUAGUCCGCUGAGCAGGUAUGUGUGUGGAAGUGCUCCAAUCAGGGUACACAUGCAUUCUUGGAGAUCAGAGGACAACUUUCAGAAGUCAGUUCUUCUGAAAGAGUUCUGACCCCGGGACAGAACUCAGGUCGUCCGUGUUUGGGGCAAAUGCCUUUAUCUGCUAAGCCAUCUCACAGCCUGGGAUCUCUGCCUUCUCUACAAACCACAUAGCGCUUCCUGGGCUCCCAGUAUUACUGUGCACAAGCAUCCAUCCGCCCCUCUGACCCAGGGGACUCCCUCUUUCACUUUAGUCACAGCAGCUGGGAGCAGCAGGCCCCUCCCCUCCAGCCGCACCAUGGGGGAGCUGGUCGACAAUCUGCCAGAGGAAGUGUUGGCGCUCAUCUUCCGUGACCUGCCUCUCAGGGACCUUGCUGUAGCCACCAGAGUCUGCAGGGCCUGGGCGGCGGCUGCCGCCAACAGCACCGUGUGGUCUGAUAAAAGCAUCAGUUGUGACUGUGAGCUGGAAGACUUGUUGCCACCAUAUCUGUCCUCCUGCCUGGACCACAUUCACAACCUAAGGCUGGAAUAUGAGCCAUCAAAGAAGCCCAGCCGCGGAACGGCCACCGAGCUGCUGACCGCUCUGGCCAGCCGAGCCCCAAGGCUCCGAGGCCUGCGCUUGGAGUGCCGCGGAGAGAAACCGCUUUUUGAUGCGGGCCAGGACAUCCUGGGAGCUGUGCACGCAGUCUGCGGAGCUGCUCACCAACUUCGCCACCUCGACCUGCGCCACUUGCCCUACACGCUGGACGACACUCUGGUGCUUAAGGCUGCUGCUGGCUGUCCCGAGCUCCGCAGUCUUUUCCUGGACAACCAUGCACUGGUGAACAGCGUGCAGCCCACUUCUGUGCUCAAACUACUGGAGGCCUGUCCUCACUUGCGCGCCCUUGGACUGCACCUUGCUAGUAUGUCGCGCGCCGCGCUGGAAUUGCUAGCCGCUCCGCAUCGCUCCCCUUUUGCACUUCUGGCACUGAGGUGCGCGUGCCCCGAAGAUGCUCGUGCUUCCCCUCUGCCUGAUGAAGCCUGGGCGACGCUGAGUUGCCGCCAUCCUGGGCUGGAGGUGGAGCUGGAGCUGGAGCCUGUGCUUCCAGAUGAGGCCGUGACGCGCAUCCUGCAACCAGCAGUACCAGUGGCUGUGCUGCGUCUCAACCUCUCCGGUGACACUGUAGGACCCGUGCGCUUCGCAACGCGCCACUACGCUGAAACUUUGCGCGCCCUCGAGGUGCGCGCGUCCGCAUCCCCGGAGUUGCACACCGCGCUGGAGGAGCUGGCGGCGCGCUGCGCGGGCUUGAGAGAAAUACACUGCUUCUGCGUGGUGAGACCCUCGGUACUGGACGCCUUCCGAGCGCACUGUCCGCGCCUGCGCAGCUAUACGCUCAAGCUAAAGCGUGAGCCGCAUCCCUGGCGGCCCACACUGGUGCGGUGAUUGGGCAAUCUAGCCCCCCCAGGGCCGCGCGAACCCCAAGCCUCGGGAAGGCCUAAGCAAGUUGCGCAGGCACGCCCCAGUUGCUAGUCUCUUUAGGGGCUCCGUUGACUAAGGCGCUUUUGGGGAACUGGGGGUCUAUGAAAGCAUCCAGACCAAUCUCAGGCACCAUAAAUUCAGCGAGCCCUCUCAACCUCUGUGUCUCUGUCUAUUCUGGGCCCUCCGUCCCCUCUGUACACUCGCACUAGCUCUAGCUCAGGUCCAGAGCUGGGGGGAGGGCAGGCACAAGUAGGAGCCAAGAGUCAAGGGUGAGUGUAAAGUAAAUAAAUCCUUUAAUAUUCCUGCGU